CACGUUGGUAGCUUAGAACUGGCCAUAGAGGGAACAUUUAUGGAAAAUGACAAACAUCACCGAUCCAGGGACUGUUUUUCCUGGUGUGCUGGUUUAGUUACAUGAAAAUGACUCUUCCUCAAAGCCUGGUGGGUAACAAGGAGGAGAACCUGGCGGUACCCUCAGAUAUGUACUGUGGGAAGUUAUGGGAAGACAGAGGCUGCAGUGAACCGGAGCCUCUUCUGUGAACUGAAUUAGAGCAACUGCUUGAAGAGAAAAAUGGCAUGGGUCUGAAAUAACUUCUGCAGGUGGAGACUGAGCCCAGCCUUGCGUGAAUACAUAGUGAAUGGGAGAACUUAUGUAAAUGUGAGGAGAGUAGAGUUCAAAUGAACCCCAAAGGCUAAAUCUGCAUAAAUGUCUCAUCCUUCUCUAAUUUUCAUUUGUUUAAAAUGUAGGAAAAUUAACAACUUACUCAGACACAGGAUGGGCUGCUGGCCUGAAGGAAAGGGUUACAAGAAGGCAAGGGGGUUUAAAGUCACGGGGAAGGACAUUCUCUGAGAUUAAGGGUAGGGGAGUACAGUGAAGUAAAAAGGAGUCUCAUAGCUUAAGUAAAAUAUUAAUGUGGCAUACAAAAUUAAAUUCUAGAUAUGCCUAAUGUUUACUUAGAAUUUAGUCUUUGAUAACAUAGUCUUCAAAAAGAUAACUUUCUGGGUGAAAAAAUCAUUUUGUUUGCUUUCCUAGGCAAUACAACUUGAGAGAGAGAUUUCCUCUGCUGCAACCUGCAAAUGCUUGUCAGCUGCCUUGCUGCUCCUGGGGGAAUUCUUUAGCCGGUGGCUUGGCAGUCAGUUCCUAAACCACAGGAGCUUUCUGGUUGCUUUUGGCUAAAUGAAAACUUUGAAAGGCCUGUAGUUGUUGAAACAAGAUGAAAUUCUUUCAGGUUUGUAUCCCUGGACACUUAAGAACCUGGAUUUAAUUUCACAGGAUGGUUAGACAUAAAACACAGAUCAAGCACCCACAAGGUUAAGUUGCAGGAAAGCCCUCUUGGAUGCAAGACAAAGGCGGGGUAUAAAACGAAAACAAAAGUAAGCGCAGUUAAGAAGAGGUCUUUGGAUUUCAUUCACACCGCACUCAAGACUGCUCCUCUCUGCUCACUGAAACAGAUUGCAGCUAUGGCUUUGGAACACAACCAAUCAAUGGAUUACUACUACGAGGAAAAUGAAAUAAACGGCACUCAUGACUACAGUCAGUAUGAAGUGGUCUGUGUAAAAGAAGAGGUCAGGAAAUUUGCCAAAGUUUUCCUGCCUGCCUUCUACACAAUAGCUUUCAUCAUCGGACUUGCCGGAAACUCCAUAGUAGUGGCAAUUUAUGCCUAUUACAAGAAGCAGAGAACCAAAACAGAUGUGUACAUCCUGAAUUUGGCGGUGGCAGAUUUACUCCUCCUAUUCACUCUGCCCUUUUGGGCAGUUAAUGCAGUUCAUGGGUGGGUUUUAGGGAAAAUCAUGUGCAAGGUCACUUCAGCCUUGUACACAGUCAACUUUGUCUCUGGAAUGCAGUUUUUGGCUUGUAUCAGCAUAGACAGAUACUGGGCGGUAACUAAAGCCCCGAGCCAUUCAGGGGUGCAAAAACCAUGCCGGCUCAUCUGCUUCUGCGUCUGGAUGUUUGCCAUCUUGCUGAGUAUACCUCAGCUGGUUUUUUACACAGUCAAUCACCAGGCUAGGUGCAUUCCCAUCUUUCCUUACCACCUGCAAACGUCACUGAAGGCAUCGAUUCAAAUGCUGGAAAUCUGCAUCGGAUUUGUUAUUCCCUUUCUCAUCAUGGGCGUGUGCUACUUUAUCACGGCAAGGACCCUCAUCAAGAUGCCAAACAUUAAAAAAUCUGGACCCCUCAAAGUUCUGUUCACAGUGGUUAUAGUUUUCAUUGUCACUCAGCUGCCUUACAACAUUGUCAAGUUCUGCCAAGCCAUAGACAUCAUCUACUCCCUGAUCACCGACUGCGACCUGAGCAAACGCAUGGAUGUGGCCAUCCAAAUCACAGAGAGCGUUGCACUCUUUCACAGCUGUCUCAACCCAGUCCUCUAUGUUUUCAUGGGAUCCUCUUUUAAAAACUACAUUAUGAAAGUUGCCAAGAAAUAUGGGUCCUGGCGAAGACAAAGGCAAAAUGUGGAGAUUCCUUUGGAUUCCGAAGUCCCUACAGAGCCAACCAGUACAUUCACCAUUUAAAUUGAAAACUGCCUCUGUCUUGCUUCGACGCACAUGAGUGAUGCUUGGCCCUCAGAUGAAACAUCUGCAUUAUUCUGAACUUCAAACCUCAAACACAUGGUCACAACUCAGAACAAAGAAGAGUUGGGGUGAGGAAUGGGGGAGGGUAGAAGCCACGAACAGGAAACAAAAUAAUCAAUGCAUAAAACAUGUAAAUUAAAAUAAACAAUAUCAGAAAACAGUAGUAACAAGCAUAAGUAAUAAGACCAUCAUGCUAUAAGUAGGCCAUCUAACAUUAAUACAGAGGCUUAUAUUAAGGGGCAUUUAUUAUUAUUUUAUAUUACAUAAAAAUGAUUUUCCUGCAUAAUUUUAAUACUUGAAUAACUAUACAGCACAAUUUCAUUCACCCUUCUUUUCUUGUUUCUUGUAAGCGAUUUCAUAAAACUCCAAAAAUAACAAUCAACAAUAAAAAAGUACAUAAGCUUUUCUGGCCUUUUUAAUACAUUGCUGGUAAGUUUCUCAGCACACAGUUUGCUUCCCUGUGUCACCUUUCUUUAGUGGUGAACUGGUCAUCCCGUUGGAUUUAUCAUGCACACUCCAGAAGUGAUCGUCAGACAACCACAUCUGAUUAUUAUAAUCAGUUACUUUUAUAACUUUCUAAAGUGUUCAUCUAUUUAUCUGAGUCUUUUAUCGAGAGCUGACUAAACAAUGUAUUUUUCUGUGUAGAAAGAUUCUUACUUUUCAUUUAAGAAC